GGCUUCGCCAGCGACAAGCAGGGCGUGGUCGAAUACUCUGGGCGUGAGCUGGGCUCCUUCCUGUCGCUGCUGGCAAAGGGAAACCCAAAGAAUGUGGAGCUGCUCUUCUCCCGGAAACCCGCCCACCGCAGCGACAUUUGGGAGGAGCUCGUGGCUGUGCGGGCUUGUUUCCUGACGAUCCGCUGUGCGAAGCAGUACUUGGGCUUCAUUUCCGAGCGUCUAUUGCGGGCCAAGGAACUCCUGGACCCUGGUCGGAGCACAGGCGAUGCCGUGCCAGAGGACGACGGGCCCUUGGAGCCAGAGAAAGCUGGGCAGCUGUCGAAGCUGCUGUACCAUGCCCACCACAAGCUCUUUGAGCUCAACCGCAUACUUGAGGGAGGCUGUCCUCAGGUAGCGCUCACCGGUGCAGAGCGUGAGAAGGUGAUGCAGCUGCGACUCCAGAGGCCUCGGAGCUUGGCCGAGGGUCUUCGCCUCCUCGCCGAGGCGGAGAGGCAGCGGGCGGCCGCUGCAGACCGCCUCAAGGCUGCAGACGCAGAAGGGACGCUGCCGAAAGAGGUGGAUGCACAGGCUUUGACCAGGUGGCUCCGAAGCGUGCGCGAGCGGGCCGCCUUGCGCGCGAAAGGCGGCACAGGGGCGGCUUCAAACCCUUUGUCAAG